AUCGUGUUCACGGUCAGGGUACACUCAUUGCCAGCCCACGUUUUCAUUGAAACAGACACGUGUGCUCAUCCCCCGCUCAACGGUAUUCCUCCGCCGAGUGCUUGUGUUUCCCAUAAGAGGUCAAUGCGCCUGGAAGGUGUCGUCUGCUGCUCGUUGCUUCCGGUUUGCCGUGUUACCGACUAUCUUCGUUAGGACCAGGUUCAGUUUUGGACAAUUGGAGGUAGUGUCUACCCAUCUGACUUCCCAAAAUGACGAAGAAGAUUACCGUCCUCGUUUGCGGGGGAGGCAAUGGCGCCCACGUGACAGCUGGUCUCGCUGCAUCACGUGAUGACAUUGAAACGAGGGUGCUCACGACGUUUUCUGACGAGGCAGAAAGAUGGACGAACAUCAUGAAGGAGAACGAUCUCAGGAUUACCGUCGAUGAAGGUGACAUAAAAAGCGGAGAAUCGGUAGAUUUUAAGGUUAAACUCAAUUGCAUCACCAAAGACCCGUCGAAGGCAGUUCCGGGUGCCGAUGUCAUAAUUUUCACUGUUCCAGCGUUUGCCCAUCAGAGCUACCUCGAAGCCAUUGAGCCCUACAUUCAACCUAACACCACCAUUGUUGGAAUGCCCGGUCAGCCUGGGUUUGAGUUCCAGGUGUUUGAUGUGCUUAAGGACAAGGCCAAGCAGUGUGUCGUCAUGUCGUUUGAGUCUUUGCCUUGGGCAUGUAGGAUCGCUGAAUUUGGCAAAUUUGUUCAGAUCCUGAUGGUAAAGGUAAAUCUUAUGGGAUGUAUAAUUCGCGGUCAGAGCAAGCCUUCGUAUGAUCCAAUGGAAGCUGUUCAGAGAGUGAUGGGAAAAGCACCUAUUCUUACCCAGGCGAAUAAUUACAUUGAACCAAUACUCGCCACUAAGUCUAUCAUCCAUCCUCCGAUAAUGUACGGUAAAUGGAAAGACUGGGAUGGUAAACCCAUUGAAAAGAAGCCCCUAUUCUACCAAGGUCUUGACGAAGAGCAAGCUCGUUAUCUUGGCGGUAUAAGUGACGAGUUGGUGGCGACGGCCAAAGCUAUUGCAGCACAGAAACCGGAAGUGGAUCUUUCCGGUGUCCUUCACCUUUACGACUGGUACCUUCGCGAUCACAAACCAUACAUCAAAGAUACAACCAGUCUCCUAACUGUCUUGCAGACAGACACGGCAUAUGACGGCCUUGUCCAUCCGAUGAAGGAAACAGAAGAUGGCAAAUUUGUUCCCGAUUUUCGCUACCGGUACUUGACAGAGGAUGUCCCGAACGGCCUGGUGGUGACCAAAGGGCUAGCCCAGAUCGCGGGCGUCCCCACACCCUCCCAUGAUGAGGUGAUAGCCUGGUGUCAGAAGCAGCUGGGCAAGGAGAUCAUUGUUGGUGACGAGCUGAAGGGGAAAGAUAUAGGUAGUACAAGAUGUCCUCAGCGUUAUGGCAUCAACACUAUGGAUGCUCUUGUUAAUAUCAUGUGAACAAUGACGCUGUCUUUGACGUCAGGAAAACGUAAUUGGCAUAACAAGUAGGUCGU